AUGCAAAUUCGCAACGGGGCCCGCAAUCGGAUCGCGACUGGCGGUCGUCGACCCGUCGUCGACCCGUCGCCGCCGCCGACGAGGUCCGUUUCAGGACUCGUGAAAUCAGAGCGGGCGCGUCGCCGCCGGUCGCCCGGGUCAACUCGCUUGGGCCGUUCACACGGCGCGCGCUCCAGUCAAAUGCCUAAUGAUGAAUUGUGGCAGUUCGUGAUUGUGAUCGAAGGUCCGCGCGUAUACCGCGUAGAAACGCACGUCGUGUUCGUUAAUGACGAACUUUUAUUGGCUUGGCCUAAUUGCCUUCCGUCCCGCUUUGACGACGUUUUCGUGUCGGCCCAGAUGGACGUGUACCGUGAC